CGCAGGAGGGGCCGGGCUCCGGAGGGGCGGCGGGCGCGGAGGAGGAGACAGGCGCGGCGCGGAGCGCAGGCCGACGGGGCGCGGGCGCCGGAGCGCGGGGCCGGCCGGGCAUGAGCGCCGAGGGGCCGCGGCCACCGCCAGCAGCGCCCGGCGCGCCCGGGCCGUGAGCGGAGCCAUGGACUGCAGCCUGCUGCGGACGCUCGUGCGGAGAUACUGUGCCGGAGAGGAGAGCUGGGUGGACAGCCGGACCAUCUAUGUGGGGCACAGGGAGCCCCCUCCCGGUGCCGAGGCUUACAUCCCACAGAGAUACCCAGACAACAGGAUCGUCUCCUCCAAGUACACGUUCUGGAACUUCAUACCCAAGAACUUGUUCGAGCAGUUCAGAAGAAUUGCCAACUUCUACUUUCUGAUCAUAUUUCUGGUGCAGCUAAUUAUCGACACGCCCACCAGUCCCGUGACCAGCGGGCUUCCCCUGUUUUUCGUCAUCACUGUCACCGCCAUCAAGCAGGGUUAUGAAGACUGGCUGCGCCACAAAGCGGACAACGCCAUGAACCAGUGCCCGGUCCACUUCAUCCAGCACGGCAAGCUGGUGCGCAAGCAGAGCCGGAAGCUGCGGGUGGGGGACAUCGUCAUGGUCAAGGAGGACGAGACCUUUCCCUGUGACCUCAUCUUCCUGUCCAGCAACCGAGCUGAUGGGACUUGCCAUGUCACCACGGCCAGCUUGGAUGGGGAGUCAAGCCAUAAGACUCACUACGCCGUCCAGGACACCAAGGGGUUCCACACAGAGGAGGAGAUUGGGGGGCUGCAGGCCACCAUCGAGUGUGAACAGCCGCAGCCUGACCUCUACAAGUUUGUGGGCCGCAUCAACAUCUACAGUGACCUCAAUGACCCCGUGGUGAGGCCACUGGGAUCAGAGAACCUACUUCUCAGAGGAGCCACGCUAAAGAACACUGAGAAAAUCUUUGGUGUUGCCAUUUACACUGGCAUGGAGACCAAGAUGGCUCUGAACUACCAGUCCAAGUCCCAGAAGAGGUCUGCAGUGGAGAAGUCCAUGAACAUGUUCCUUGUUGUGUACCUGUGCAUCCUCAUCAGUAAGGCGCUCAUCAACACGGUGCUCAAGUAUGUGUGGCAGAGUGCACCCUUCCGCGACGAGCCCUGGUACAACCAGAAGACCGAGGCCGAGCGCCAGAGGAAUCUGUUCCUCAGGGCCUUCACUGACUUCCUGGCCUUCAUGGUCCUCUUCAACUACAUCAUCCCAGUGUCCAUGUACGUCACAGUGGAGAUGCAGAAGUUUCUCGGGUCCUACUUCAUCACCUGGGAUGAGGACAUGUUUGACGAGGAGACGGGCGAAGGGCCUCUGGUGAACACGUCUGAUCUCAAUGAAGAACUUGGGCAGGUGGAGUACGUGUUCACAGACAAGACAGGCACACUCACGGAGAACAAUAUGGAAUUCAAGGAGUGCUGCGUCGAGGGCCAUGUCUAUGUCCCCCACGUCAUCUGCAACGGACAGGUGCUACCCGACUCCUCGGGCAUCGACAUGAUUGAUUCCUCCCCCAGUGUCAGCGGCCGGGAGCGAGAGGAGUUGUUCUUCCGGGCUCUCUGCCUGUGCCACACUGUCCAGGUGAAGGACGACGACGCUGUGGAUGGGCCCAGGAAGUCACCAGACUCGGGGAGGUCCUGCGUGUACAUCUCAUCCUCACCUGACGAGGUGGCACUGGUGGAGGGUGUGCAGAGGCUUGGCUUCACGUACCUGAGGCUGAAGGACAACUACAUGGAGCUGCUCAACAGGGAGAGUGACAUCGAGAGGUUCGAGUUGCUGGAAGUUUUGAGUUUCGACUCCGUGAGGAGGCGGAUGAGUGUGAUUGUGAAAUCUGCCCCAGGAGAAAUUUACCUAUUCUGCAAAGGAGCAGACUCUUCCAUAUUUCCGAGAGUUAUUGAAGGCAAAGUGGAGCAAAUCCGGGCCAGGGUGGAGCGGAAUGCAGUGGAGGGACUGCGGACGCUGUGUGUUGCCUACAAGAGGCUCACCCCGGAAGAGUAUGAGGGCGUGUGCAGGCUGCUCCAGGCCGCCAAGGUGGCACUGCAGGACCGGGAGAGGAAGCUGGCGGAAGCCUACGAGCAGAUAGAAAGAGACCUGGUUCUGCUUGGGGCCACAGCGGUGGAGGACCGGCUGCAGGAGAAAGCGGCUGACACCAUCGAGGCGCUGCAGAAAGCAGGGAUCAAGGUGUGGGUCCUCACGGGGGACAAGAUGGAGACGGCGGCCGCCACCUGUUAUGCCUGCAAGCUGUUCCGGAGGAACACGCAGCUGCUGGAGCUGACCACCAAGAAGAUGGAGGAGCAGAGCCUACAUGAUGUGCUGUUCGAGCUGAGCAAAACGGUGCUGCGCCACAGCGGCAGCCUCACCAGGGACCCUCUGUCCAGCCUCUCCGCGGAUGGGCAGGACUACGGGCUGAUCAUUGACGGGGCAGCGCUGUCCCUGGUGAUGAAGCCGCGGGAGGAAGGCAGCAGUGGCAACUACCGCGAGCUCUUCCUGGAGAUUUGCCGCAACUGCAGCGCCGUGCUGUGCUGCCGCAUGGCGCCCCUGCAGAAGGCUCAGAUUGUGAAGUUAAUCAAAUUUUCAAAAGAGCACCCCAUCACCUUAGCCAUCGGUGACGGCGCGAAUGAUGUCAGCAUGAUCCUGGAGGCCCACGUGGGUAUAGGUGUGAUUGGGAAGGAAGGCCGCCAGGCCGCCAGGAACAGUGACUACGCGAUCCCCAAGUUCAAGCACCUCAAGAAGAUGCUGCUGGUCCACGGACACUUCUACUACAUCCGCAUCUCGGAGCUUGUACAGUACUUCUUCUACAAGAACGUCUGUUUCAUCUUCCCUCAGUUUCUGUAUCAGUUCUUCUGUGGCUUUUCGCAGCAGACCCUGUACGACACUGCAUAUCUGACCCUGUACAACAUCACCUUCACGUCGCUCCCCAUCCUCCUCUACAGCCUCAUGGAGCAACAUGUCAGCGCUGAUGCCCUCAAGAGGGACCCGACGCUCUACAGGGACAUUGCCAAGAACGCACUGCUGCGCUGGAGAGUGUUCAUCUACUGGACCUUCCUGGGAGUCUUCGAUGCACUGGUGUUUUUCUUCGGUGCUUACUUCAUGUUUGAGAACACAACAGUGACCAGCAAUGGGCAGAUCUUUGGGAAUUGGAGCUUCGGGACACUGGUAUUCACGGUGAUGGUGUUCACAGUGACGCUUAAGCUGGCACUGGACACACACUACUGGACCUGGGCCAACCACUUCGUCAUCUGGGGCUCGCUGCUCUUCUACGUGGUCUUCUCCCUACUCUGGGGUGGGAUUCUCUGGCCAUUCCUCAGCUACCAGAGGAUGUACUACGUGUUUCUGUACAUGCUGUCCAGCGGGCCUGCCUGGCUGGCCAUCCUGCUGCUCAUCACGGUGAGCCUGCUGCCUGACGUCCUGAAGAAGGUGCUGUGCCGGCAGCUGUGGCCCACAGCGACGGAGCGGGUCCAGAAGCGUGCGGAGCGCAAGGUGCCGGGCGGCGACAGGCCCCUGCUGAAGGACCUCCUCCCGCGGCCGAAGCGCCGUUAGCCCGAUGCUAGGUAACGCUGUGGCCGCGCCCACUGGGCACUAGGCCAGUGUGCUGUGGCUUUCACACCGCACCUUCUUCCUCCAAAGUUUUGCUGUGUCUGUGCCGUCUUGGGAGCCGAGGCUCACGUGGAGAGAAGCACCCCUUGCCCACACGCACGCACUUGCUGUGCCAGGUAAGUGCCUGGCUGAGGGAGCUCCCUGCAUGCCCUACCUGAAGGCUGGCCAGCCCCAGAGGACGCAGCCCACGGCCCUCAGAGCGUGCCGUGUGGGCUUGGUGUCCCUGGAUUCGUCCCCUGGCCUCUGCGCAGCCCUGGUACCCUGGCCGCCCGCACGAUGCAGGAGCCGUGAGGAAUGGACACUCCAGCGCACCUGGGCUCAGACCUGUGGCGCCAGGCGUCUGGGCGGAAGUUGCCGUGUGAUGACUGUCACUCCUGAGCAUCCAUGUGGGCCCCAGUGCCCAGGAGCCGAGGGAGGGGUCAUGGGGUGUGCUUGGACACACUGCAGACUGGACAGCACUGCUGGCGUCUCCUACACUGGAGCAGAGAAUGGACAGCCUGUGCGCACUGUAGCCGUGACGCGGGCUGUGCCAGGAAUUCUGUGAGGAGCAGAGCGCUUGGGGAAGGUGGCUGCGCAGCCAGCUGCUGGCUGGGCGCCUCCCUUGCCGCAUCUCCCUCAUCCCAGCAUCCCUGGGGACCACAGGGGCCUGGGCUCUGCACUAGCUCUCACAGACGUGGCCACAUCAGGCUGAGUGACCUGUGUCCACUCCCCCAGACCCACGGCUGGCCUAAGCGUCCCCACCCCGCCCCCUAGGGAAAGGGUCCCUCACAGGGCAGGCCCAGCUGUUUGCCACACACACUGGCCGUGCGCUUGGGGUUCUCACCUCCCUGUCCCUGUGGACUGGGGCUGAGCCCCUGCCAGGGCGCGGGGUACCCUCAGUCACCAUCAGGGAAGUGUUUGUCG